GGUCCCGCCCGUCCCGAUGGCGCCCGCGGCGGGGCCCUGCGCCCGCGCCCUGUGGACAGCGUGCAGCCUGCUCAUGGCCGCGUUCUUCGCGCUGGCGGCCAUCGUGCAGGUAAACGAUCCAGAUGCAGGAGUGUGGAUGACGGUGUACAUGAUACCUGCGGUACUGACCCUGCUAGUUGGACUUAACCCUCUUGUCACAGGUAACUUUAUUUGGAAGAGUGUCUCUGCAAUACACAUGUCCUUUUGUAUCGUGUGGGCCAUUGGCUUGGGGUACUACCUCUUGCUUCAUACACAACAGAACAUCAUCCAUGAGGAAGAAGGCAGGGAGCUGUUUGGUCUGGUGAUUAUCACAGCAUGGAUGAGCCUAUGCCACAGUUCAUCAAAGAAUCCAGUUGGUGGAAGAAUUCAAUUGGCUAUUGCCAUUGUAAUCUCUCUUUUACCAUUUAUUUCUUGGAUCUACAUAUAUAUAAAUAAUGAGAUGAGGUCUUCCUGGCCAACUCACUGCAAGACAGUAAUUUAAAUGAAUUCCAGAAUCCCGUUCUUAAAAUGAAUAUUUUCAAUUCUUUAUAAAUAGUGGGGUAACAAGCCAGUUGCCUAGGAAUUUAUUUCAGGUAAUUUGAGCUAAUAUUAGGGAUGAUUUUUUUUUGUUUUUCAACUAUUCUAAGAACUUUUUAAGGCUACAAUAUAAAGUAAGAUUAGAUGAGACUAGUAAGAGAUGGGGUGUGACAUUGUCUGGAAGCCUUUUCUGAAAGUUAUUAUGCCACAGUUUAGUGAAAAAAGCACUAGAACAAAAGCUAAGAAAUAUGAUUACUAAUGUAGCUUAAUCACUGUGUCACCUGGGCAAAUAUAUAAACCUCCUUUGGAUAAUUCCUACCUAUAAGAUAGGAUUAAUAUCAGAUUAAUCCUAUUUUACUUCAUCCGGUUGGAAGGAUUAAACUAGAAAUAUGAGAGCAGCAUGAAAGCACGCUUACAAAGAUUGCAAAGGGGUGCAUGUGAUUAAAUGGAGGCAAGCAGUGUUUGCACAGUAUGAUAGAGGCAGAAGUUCACCAUACUGAGCAGGAACUAUCUGUGAACUGAACGAGGACUCCAAAUUAACUUGACGAACAGGCAUGCCCUGGGUAGUUAGAUGGACUUUGAACCAAAUCAAGAAGGAAAUAGGGAAUUUUAACUAUAUUCCAAACGUGAAAUAAGACCAAAAUUUGUACAUAAGUUUUUUUUCUUUUUUAAAUAUCAACAGCAGCCCCGGGGAGAACAUUUUAGAGCUGCACUAUCCAAUGCCACUAAACUACAUGUGGCUACUAAGCACUUGAAAUAUGGCUAGAGUGACUGAGGAAGUUAAUUUUUAAUUUUUAAAAAAAUUAAUUUUAAUUUAAAAGCACAUUAAGUGGUUAUUGGAAAACUUUUAAGUGUGUUUAGAGCAACUUGGGUAUGUGAAUCUUUUUCCUUGGCAAAUUUUAUGAAAUCUAAAUAUAGGUUGAGUAUUUUCAAUGAAAAUUGUGUCCAAAUGAAGAUGGGCUCUAAGUGUAAAAUACACACUGAACUUGGAACACACGGUACAAAAAAAGUAAAAUUUUUAUAUUGAUUAAAUAUUGAAAUAAUUAUAUUUUAGAUAUCUUGGAUUAAAUAAUGUAUAUUAUUAAAAUACAUUUUAUCUAUUGAUUCUUUUUAAAUGACUACUAGACUUCCCAUUAUUUUUCUAUUGGACAGGGCUGUUUUAGAGCUUUUUGAUGGCAACUUUGUUUCAUAGUCAAGGUGCUCCUUCAUGACAUCUAGGAAACAUCCCCCCAAAAAGGAGAAUCAGUACCCAAUCAUGUCAUGAGAGUGAAAAUGAGUCUGAUGGUUUGUCCCUUUAUUCUGAAUCCUUUAAUAUAAGUAUUCUAUAAAUAUGUAUUAAUGGCAGUAUGGAGAAUGAUGGCCUUUUUUGUUUGUCUUUUUAUAUAAUGGCUACUGAACAGUCAGAUAUUCUCUAUCAAGAUGUGGAUAAGUGAAAAGGAAGAAACCUAGCUGACAACAAGGUUGAAAUCAAUUAAUUUUAAGUGAAAUUUAUUUUAAUGCUCAACAAAACACAGGUAAAGGUUUUGAUUGUUCCAUUGUACAUUUAGCUUAGGUGGUAUUUAUGGCUCCUACACCUUUUAAACUAACUGUAAAGUCACAUGAAGAAACUGGCUUAUUUGAAAAUUCCAUAUAGGACCUAUCCAUUCAGUACUGAAAAGACAGUAAUAUUCAAGAUACACUUUCACUGUAUUUGCAUCUUCUAUAUCAGACUGUAAAUUCUAUGAAUAUACAUAGUCCCUUUUAAUAUCUUUUUUCAAAUCUCUUCCAUCUUUCCCAACACCACCAAGUUUUUUCUUCCUAUUAUCACUCUUCUUUCAGCCUCAUUAUCUAUUGCCUAGACUGAAACACAAAUCUAAUCUAGAAACCUCUGAUGACUCACCACUGUCUUACAGGUAAAUUCUAACUCUUGGCUCAUCAUUCAAGGCUCUUUACAACACAGUACUAGCCUAUCCCUUUCCCCUAUUUCUUGCCAUAUUCUCGUGCACCCUUUGGUGAGUCCUCAUAGCAUCACUCGCUCCUCCUGAAUUCAUCAUAACCUUCGAUGCCUUUGCUUAUGCUAUUUUGUCUACCUGAAAUGUCCUUCCCCACUUACUUGUUUCUUCCUUCUUCAAGUCAUCUCUAAUCUGUUCAAAAUUAACCUCUCCCUCCUCUGUUCCCACAGCCCUUUCUUUGUGUGGAUGUCUGUCUCACACUCGUAGUAAGGUCCAUGAAUGCAGGGACCUUAUUAUAUCAUAUUCAUCUGUGAUAGGAUGAAUAGCCCCAAACACAAGCCAGGUCCUAAUACCUGGACCCUGUAAAUGUCACCUUUUAUGGCAAAAUGGACUUUGCAGAUGUGAUGAUCUUGAAAUGAGAUUACCCUGGAUUAUCUAACCUUACAUGUGAUCACAAGUGCCCUGAUAAGAGGGAGGCAGGAGGCUUGACUACAGACAAAACAGAAGGUGAUGUGGUGACAAAGCAGAGUUUUGAAGAUGUUGCUAGCUUUGAAGAUGGAGAAAGAGUCCAUGAGAUAAGAAAUGCAAGGAAUUCUCCAGAAGCUGGAAAGGGCAAGAAAACAGAUUGUCCCCUGGGGUAUGGUGUUGCUGACACCCUAGUUCUGGCCUACUGAAACUAAUUUCAGACUCUAACCUUCAGAACUGUAAGAGACGAAAUGCCACUUAAUGUGUGGUAAUUUGUUACAGCAGCAACAGGAAAUAAAGACAACCUCUACACCAUCACAGUGCCUAGCUACCCCACAGGCACAGUUAGGUUGACCAGUAUUUCUCUUAUUUUAUUGGGCCCCAAAUCAAAUGUCCUCUACACUCAAAAUGGUCCCCACCUGCCAUCUAGUAGGUAUUUCUGCAAAUGACAACUGAGCUACUUAAACAUGUCCUAUUUUUCUGUAAAGAGAGUGAAGGGAAAAUGCAUUUACCUAAUAUACCCUCAUACAACACUAGCUGGUGCCCAUGGGGACCAGGUUAACACACACACACAGCAGUGCUGGCACUUGGGCCCUGCUUUGGUUAGACUCACGAGAGGAGCGCAUGACUCCUCAGCAGGUCCUCUUGAUGCCUUGAGAACUCCACUCUUUCACCUGAGAAAUUCCUGAUAUUUUUGUUUACAAAAUAGAAAUAAGCCUACAAAAGUCCAAGUAGGCAGGUAUUCUGUGCAAAAAAAAUGUUCAAAGUCCUUCAUUCAGCAGGGUGAACAGAAAACAUUUAACGGAGCUUAUUUCAUUUAAUUUUUAUUACGCAUUUUAAUUUACAUAGGUAAGGCAAGUACAAAGUAAAACCUUUCAGGUAAGACUAAAUCAAGUUCCCUUUGAGAACUAUAUCCUCCCCCCACUUCAGUCUCCUCCCUGGUUAACUUUGUUUUUAAAUAGAUAUAUUAUCCAAAAAGUCACAUUUCAGAAUAUUUUAUGAACAAAUGCACACUGAAGCCAUAAAUACAUUUUGUGAUACAAGCAAAACACUGAAGAAUGGGAUUGAGGAUUUUUGGUUUUAUUUUGGCUUUCAUUUUAGGGGGUGGGGUGGCAAACACAAAGCUAAGUCAUUCUCUUUCUAAAAAUGUAAACAAUAAAUCAGACUAAAAAUGGAAACCUUUUGCAUUCUUGAAAUUCAUAAUUCUGUCUGGAACUCUGCCUCUCCCUUUCAACAUCAUUUUAUCAGGAUAGACGUGAACUGUGCCAAAAGCUUGGCUUUCGGGAGCUGUUUCAAUAACCCCUUCCAGGCUGACGUGGUGCACACCAAAAGGAUCCUCGGAGUACCCACCGUCGUGAGUGUGACCAGCAAAGAAACACACCACACACUCAUGAGACCAAAUGAUGGCAAGGGCGUCUCUGUAAUUCCAGGCAAGACACACACUGUCCGAGGAGUUUGGG